GUGUGAGUGGGUCAGUGUGUGUGUGUGUGUGGCCACGCUGGGUAUUCCAUCUCAGGCUAACUCUCAGCCUUAUCGCAUUCUAUCGCAAGUCAUCCUGAACUCAUCAUCACAGCGCCUCGUCCCAUCCCCAUCACAACCUCGUGGGUACGUGAGUCGUGUGAGAGAGGAUCAUUGUGUGUGUGGCCACGCUGGAUAUUCCAUCUCAGGCUAACUCUCAGCCUUAUCGCAUUCUAUCGCAAGUCAUCCUGAACUCAUCAUCAGAGCGUCUGGUCACAUCCCCAUCACAACCUCGUGGGUACGUGAGUCGUUGUGUGUGUGUGUGAGAGAGGAUCAUUGUGCGUGUGGCCACGCUGGGUAUUCCAUCUCAGGCUAACUCUCAGCCUUAUCGCAUUCUAUCGCAAGUCAUCCUGAACUCAUCAUCACAGCGUCUCGUCACAUCCCCAUCACAACCUCGUAGCACUGCAAGGCGAGGGAGCGAGGAGGAGGAGGAGGGAGGAGAGAGGAGGAGGAGGAGAAGGAGGAGGAGGAGAAGGAGGAGGAGAGAGGAGAGUUCCCGCGUCCUCUCCGAAGGGGCAGCGAUCAUGGCUUCUGCGGCGAGCAACAACGGGGACCUGGGACUCGAGAUUAAGACGCGUUCCGUGGAACAGACGCUCGUCCCGCUGGUGGCGCAGAUCACGACGCUCGUGAGCCACAAGGAAAAGUGGCACAAGUCGGAGCGGUCCGUGCGGGCGGUGCGGCGCGUGGGCCAGUCACUCUCCGUGGCCGUGGAGCGGUUCGUGGCGAUUGGCGAGGCCAUCGCCGAGGAGAACCCCGAGCUGCGGCCGGAGAUGAGCCUGGCGUGCCGGGAGGCCCGAGCCGCAGGGGAAGCUAUAAACCGACUGACAGAGGCAUGCGCUACGGACGGCCCUGACUUGGAAUCCCCCCGGGCUCCUGGCUCUGCAACGCCAAUGUCUGCCCCGCUUCUGUCCGAGCGUGGCGUCCUGGCGCGCUCCGCUCGCCUGCUGCUCUCCUCGGUCACCAGAGUCCUCGUCCUUGCCGAUCGCGUUGUCAUCAAACAAAUCGUCACUUCCAGGAGCAAGGUCCUGGCAAGCCUGGAGCGCUUGGAAAAUGUGGGCAGCUUUCAGGAAUUUGUUCAGGUGUUCAGCCAGUUUGGCAACGAGAUGGUGGAGUUUGCUCACCUCACGGGCGAUCGCCAGAACGACCUGAAGGAUGAGAAGCAGAAGGCUCGCAUGGCUGCAGGCCGUGCAGUUCUGGAGAAAUGCACAAUGAUGCUGCUCACGGCCUCCAAGACAUGCCUGCGGCACCCCGACUGCGAGUCUGCGCGUGCGAACCGCGAUGGCGUGUUUGCACGCACACGGGCGGCCAUGGAGCAGGUCGCCGACAUCGUCACGGACGUCGCGGCCAAUGGAGAGGCGAGCGUCAGGGCCCUGUGCAUCUACUCGGCCAUUCGUGACUUCAAGGCUUUCCUACACGAGGCUGGCUGUGCCGACGAUGUGACUCCCCUGCUGCAGCUCAUCGUGGAGCAGACGGAGGACUUCACGGACUCGCCAUACACCAGCCAUGAGCGGCGCGAGCGCAUCCUGCAGAUGGUGGCGCAGGCUCAACAGGAGACGUUCGCAAUGCUGUCGCUCUUCGCCAAGCAACAGUGCAGGGGCCCUAAUGGGAGAGAGGAGCUGGAUGCGGCCAUAUCCAGGACCUCCCAGUGCAUGGAUGAAAUAAGGAAGGAGCUGCACGUGACAGCCGUUGAAGUGGCCGCUGAGAGUCUCCGUGCAAACGGUGAUCACGCACUGCUCCGAGCCCUCAAGACGGCUGGCGCCGAUGGAAACCUGGAGCUGACGUCAGAGUUUGCGGCUCGGUUGCAUGAGCUGCGAGAGCAGCUCUUGGAGACAUCACAACUUCUAAGGCAUGUGUCUGGCACGGAGCCACUGGAGAUCACGUGUGCACAUGCCGAGAACACCUUCCGUGCCAUCGGGCCACAGAUCAUCUCAGCCGCACAGACGCUGGCUCUCCAUCCAUCCAGUAAGAUCGCACGGGAGAACCUGGACGUUUUCUGCGAGUCCUGGGAAUCUCAGCUGACUGACUUGGCAGUCCUCAUCAAAGAGAUCACAGAUGUAUUUGAGGGACGGAGAGGUGACAAACGCACAUACCUGUCACUGCCGCGGCCAGGGAAACACAGCUCAAACCUCAAGCCAGUCAAGCCAGUGAAGCUGGAUGCAGAGGAGCAAGUAAAGAUCGCCAAGCUGGGGCUCGAGCUGCGUCUUCUCACGGCAGACGUCGACGCGGAGACAGAGAAGCUGAGCAGCCGCGACGGUGGUGGCGAGGUUACCCAGCUUGUCCAGAGCUUGUCCUCCAUGGUCUACGCAAUCUACCUCUUCACCAGGGGUGAAGGUCUGCUGAAAACUACCCAUGACCUGUUCCAUCAAGCCGAGGUUUUUUCUGAAGAGGGAAUCAGAUUAUGCGCAGCCCUGCGGACAUUCUCCAUGCUGGUGCCCGAGGAAGAUGACCGCUCACUGCUGCAGGUGGAAGCAGGGCGGCUACCAGCCUUGUGCCAACAGAUACAACUUGCCUGCCGCACGCCCAUGCACGGCAAGGUGGCUACUUUCACAAAGGUGGACAGUACUAUUCAGGAAACUAAAAAUGUGUUGCUGCUGGUUCUGUCCAUCGUUUGCUUGUGCCACAACCUCUCCAGAAAGUACAAGAGCUGUAACCAGAACUCAGCUCAGCGUUGGAAUGGCGAGGCAUCAGCAGGCAGGAUCACCUCGCCACCUGGCAACGCCACUGUCAACGGGGAUCUGCGCACCACCAAAGGGCUUGAACAGAGGAUGCUUAACCUCGGCGUUUCGGAUGACAAGUAACCUCUUGUGACUGCAUCCUCUUAAAUGCACGGGCAAUGGGUCAUGAAGAAAUACAUUGAAGGGGGAAGGAACAAAGGGGUAACAAUCUAGAAAUAAGGAGAAAGGAAAGAGGAGAGAAGAGAGGUGAUCUGGGUUGGGUUAUGAAAUAUAUAUAAGAGUCCAAGUGUUUCAAUGCUCAAAUGAGUGUUGGGAAGUGCUCAUCUCCAUUGGCAGUCCUGAACGCGUUCUAGUAAUUCCACAUUCCUAUACCAGGAGUCAAUCUCCCAGAGUGUAACUGCUGUUGACUUCUCACAUUACUAGUCCAGUACUGACACUGCAGUAACUAUUGUCCUGAUUUUAAAAAAGCAAGUAUUGUUGAUUUUGCCUGUAAUUGGGCAAGUAGGUCUUGAGAAGCAUUUCUUCUGUCAGCUGUUAUACUGGUUGAUGUGUUGUCUAGUUGGGCAGCUCACCUUACUUUAGCCAAGCAGAUAUUUUUUAAGCAUUUACUGAAAAUGUUAAGACACCAAAGCAAAUUGUGUUAACUGCCAUUGGGUCAGUAAUAUAAUUACCGUUUUUAUUGCUUGGUUUUUAUUUUUGUUAUUAUUCAUUAGUACCAUACAUUCAUGUGUUCCCCAAUUAUAAGAAUAAUUUCACGUGUCAAUAUAAAAUGCAAAGUAUGAAUGCAUUUCUUGAAACAGCUGACAAAGUAAAAUCACACAUCCAUGCGUACACACUUUUGCCCGUGUCACAACUUGCACGCUAUCCUGAAAAUUCCUGCUUUUAAAAAAACCCAGCAGUUGUUUUGCACAACCUUUGGAAUCCAUAUUAAUCAUGGAUUUGGCUGCUGCUGUACGAGACCCAUUGGUAAUGCAGACACUUGCUGGUUUAUGUAACAUUUGAAGUUCAAAUAGCAAUGUGUUGCAUAUCCAAAAAAGGACCUCAGGACAUCCGGUUACAAAAAACAUUCUGCCGUGUAGUCUUUUGACAUAUGUGUUAAAAUACUCUACUGUAGUCAAUCAUGGGGAAUGGGUUGCAGUACAGGCCAUAUUCACUUUUAACAAAGGAUUUAAAAGUUGUUGGCAAAGGGCAUGACAGAGAUCCUCAUAUGCGUGGGUCCUCAGGAAGUGCAUGCUAAUGUUGCAUUUGCAAAACACCAAUUUCCAUAGUUGAAACAUUGUGGCCCUCUCAAGGGUCAAACGUUCCAGGUAAUUCUAAUUAUGUCUACCUGAAAUAAAAUGUUCAAUGUCAGGUUGGAUCCCAGCCCACUCAUUAAAGACCCAGCACUGUGUUCUAUUGAUAAACAGAGCAACAGGCACACCCCUGGAUUUAUAUCACUACGGCCUCUUUACACUUCCAGGGAGGUUGCACUUUAACUGAGCGGAAGUCUGCAAUGGGUCAGUUGCAGUUGUCGGUUAUGGAGUAAGCAACAGAAACUUAUCUUUAAACCAUGCUCAUUUCUAUGACAAAGGCUUUACGACCCACCGUGGAUCGUAUGGCGCUGUACCCAUGGGCUCCUACGGACUACCGGUGGCCAUUGUGACACAGCUGCCCGAGACAUGCUUUUGGCCACUGUGGGAGGAAUAAGAUAAUCAUCGACACAAGGGCUUGGCUGGUCAACGUGUUAAUAACAAUGGCUUUUAUAGAUUGUGUAAAAUUUAAAAAAGUAUAUUUUUUAUUUGAUCUUUUUUUUUUAUAAACAGUACUCUUAGUGCUUGGUAUCUAAAAUAAAAGUCAGGGUGACCCAGCUCUAGCCAGCUUACAAUGACGAAGGCCUACUUACAAAGCCAUGGACACAGGCCAGCCUGAUGGAAAGUGAUAGUGGAUGAUUUUAAAGGAUAUCCUGGUGCCAAGGUUGUAAUAAUGCAUCAUUUGCACCUUUCUCCAAUAUAUACCUUCCUAUCCUUGCCUCAUUUUGUUAGGUGUGCUGCUACCACUGGCCAUUAAUGCAUGGAGUCAAGUAUUUGUGUGUGUACAGUAUAGUAUUAAGACACUGUUGGCGUUUGUGACUAUAAUGGUAUAGCCAGUAUAGUAAAUGCUACGUAACAGCAGAGUGGAAUGGAUAUUAUGUGUUUUGAAUGAUGGGCUUAGAACAAAAAUUAUUGAAAGAGUUAUAUAACGAAUUUUUUUCAGUCAUUCUCAAAACUGGAAUCAUGGUCUACUGGUUAAUGCUGUUCUCAUUAAUGUGCCUUUCUGUCUUUUGUGUCAUUUAAAAUAAUUAUCACUGAUAAUGCUGUAUGUUGAGUUUAAUAACUGCCUUUUUAAAAAUAAUGCUAUUUUGUUUUAUACAAAUGGCAGUCACUGGAAGAGCUGUGGGUCUGAAAUAUCAGCGUGUUAGUUAAUGUUAUUGAAUGUGUUAGUGAAUGAAAUAUUAGUGUGUUAGUGAAUGUUAUUGAAUGUAUUAGUGAAUGAAAUAUCUGCGUGUUAGUGAAUGUUUUUGUUUGCUUACAACUAACAUAUUUGCGCGGUAUACCCACUUCAGGGCAUUUAUGCUUAUUUUUUUAUAUAAAUGCCAUGCGGUGUAUUUGUAUAUACAGUGCAUGUGUGAAUGUAUGAUGGGCACCAAGAAAUGCUCACAAUGGAGGAAGAGCACGGCUUAAAUCACUGAAACAAUGUGCGUGCGUUUGUCGUGCUUAUAUGUCAGUUGCUUAGGCGUACUGCAUUAUACAAUACGUUUCAACUUAAAGACAAUAAACAUUAACGAAUUUGCUGGAUAUUUUGGCAGAACCUACUCCAAUGCAUUGUCUGCUCUUUUUCCUGGAAUCGCACAUUAUUCAACCGUAGUUUUACAAUGAGUAAUUUUCACGUUUACUAAAACAUUGUUGCUUUGAAAAACAUGUCUUUGGGAAGAAGAAAAAAUGUAGAUGAAGGUCACAUUUUACAGAUUGGAUCAAAUCUGGGCGGAGUAUGAUACAUCCUGGCUGCUUGAUAUGUCACUAACACUGAUAAUCCCAACUCGUCUUUCUCACUUCUACUGUUUGAAAAUCACAUUUGCUGACAAGCACAUUUAAAAGAGUAGGUCUAUAUAACAAACGCCAAUGAUGGUCUAAUUUGUCAAAAUCCGUUGAGGUUUUAAACGGUAGAGUACUUGUAAUUUAUCGUCAUCAGCCACGAUGAAUCCACUGCUGGGUGAAAGCCUCUCCAAGCUGUUACUUAACCAUCUCCCCCAACAAUCCAACAAUGCACCUCGAAGCUGCACCUAGAAUCGGCUGAUUUUGUUGUUCAAUCUCCUUCGAGAAACUCCUCUUGGACGCAUUGUAUUCCCGUAGCGGUCACGCCAUCAUAACUCUUGACCAGGGGUCGGCAACCUGCGGUUUUCGGUGCCUCAUGCAGCUCUUUAAGGACUGCUUAGUGAUGUUACUCAGAAUCACCGUCACGUAUUCACCACAUGCAUUGCGGCUCUUAAAAUAUUGAGUUUACGGAAUUCGAAAAAAAUGGCUCUUCUUGUUAUUUUGGUUGCCGACCCUUGCUCUUGACCAUUGGUCAUGAUCCCUUCUUGAGAUGUGUCCUGUCCUACUUACUUUUCUUCAUACGGUAAUGUCCUUAAAUGUUGUCUCUAACCUGCAUAUUAUCUCUCUCUGAAUGUAAUUCCAAUCAUGCAUUUUUCUACGUGUUUUUAAACUUUAGAGUUUUUAUUUCAUAUAUAAAAGUUGGCUAUUUUAAAAAGGUCGAAAUGGCAUGAAAAGCUAAGGUGUGCAUUUCCAAUUUGAAUAGACAAUAAAGGAGUAUAAGUUUCAUGGGAAUAGUACAUUUUCAUGGAGUACAAUGUCAAUUUACGAAAGCUAUAUCUACCAAUUUCAGUUGUCCAAAUUUAAAACGUAGCCAUGAAAUUAUAGGUUACCAUUGAGGCAGUGUUUUAAUUACUAUUUUUUUUACAAUUUCCUGCUUUUGCUGAAAAGUAUGCGACUAAAAUGCGUUGUACUGUAUGUCGUACUUUGCAAAAUGUGAUUGCUUGCAUGAACGGAUCAUUUGAUGGCUUUGUAUUGUAGACGUGGUGGCAGCAUGAUGGGUUGUUGUGGUUGCAGUUUGCAAAUUUCAAGUAAAAAUUUUGCAAGUACGGACUGUAACGUGAAGGACAAUUCUCGGUGGUCUUACUGCAUAAGAAAAUAUGCUUCUGUUUCAUACAUGGAUAGGAUAAAGUCAGUUCUCAUGAUCCUGUAAAUUAUGCUGACCCUGUUGUGUAUGAAUUACUGUAAUGUUAGAUGAGUGUGCAGUGCUGUAUGGCCUCAUUUCUACCCAUGCCAUUUUGUCAAAAUUGCCUUUUUUCCAUUGACAAUAUUCCCUCUCUGUAUAUGUAAACAUGUGUGUAUGUAUAUUGAUAUACACGUUUGAAAAUAUGGAUGUAAACUGAACUUACAUGGGAGGGGGUUCAUGCAGCAAAGCUCAGGAAAUGAGGGCCAUCAUGUUACAGAUGUUUUCAUUGUGUGAAAAUUUACAAGACGGUGCUUUUUUCCUGACCGGUGUUGGUAACGCUGUUUGAUGUCAGAUUCUAUUAGCCCUGGAUGGCUGACCUGCUAUUUUUCAUGUAACAACACAAGGCUGUAACCUUUUUAUAUUUUUUAUUAGACGUUCCACUUUAAUAAAUGCCCAUAUAAUGGAUUUCAUUACUGUUUAAAACACAGAUUUAUUCAAUUUGACACUGUCCUAUUUAAAAAAUAUUCGGCGCUUACUGGAGAAAAGUCCAAAACAGGUCACGCUGAUUUACCCGAUCGCAUGGUGGUGCAGCCGCUAUCUGUGCGGACGUAUUAUUUUCACAGUGGCGCUUGCCUGUGCGGAAACCAAAAAAAACUGAAUGAAAUGUGCCAUUUUUUUAUGCUGCGUGAAGAAUCUGAAUUGUCAUGCCUAAAAACGUGGGCAAUCCCCUCGUCAAUUUCACACUUAAUAGCACCCCGGCAUUGUCAUAAUGAUAAUAACAUUGUAUUAACAACACUUACAGUUUUAAAUACAAAAAGGUAAACAUUUAACGUAAUUUUUCCAAGAAAUAAAAAAUCGCAAUACAGAAAAGUAUUUUUUCUACAUACUACAUUAUAUGUUGAAAAUUUAGGGUGCAGGUCUUGACAUAAAUAAAAACAUUUGAGCAGACGAGAACCUGUUGAUAGCGAGUGUUUUGCAAAAGGGGUUAUGGAAUGGUCAUAAUCAGGUAAAGAGGUACAACAUUAUCUAUGUACCUCAGUAUUGAUUGUUAACAUUUAAAACACUUCCACAAAUGACAUGCAUACACAACAUACCUAGGAAUACAAUAUGGUGCAUCUUAUUGUUAGCACUGUACAAAAUAUAUCUGUGAACGAUGGUGUCUGAUUCAUGUGUUGGCAUAAGCUAAAGCAGGGACAUGGUUUAGUGUAUUAAAUUCCAGCAAUUUGCCUUCUUGACUGUGAAGCCAAAGUAGAUGUGGUUUGGGAAUGAGUUUGUACCAAUUUUUUAUUAUUUUCUUUCACAUUCAUAUGGACGGAAUUGACAAAACACCAAACAAUGCAAACCAAAGCAAUAACAAGUGCUAAAAAGUACAAAUAAAAAUGAAACAUCUUGACAAUAAAAUAACCAGAUGACAAGACACUCCCAAGCGACUCAAAUGUGUUUUUCAGGAGCUGCCACUGCCCAUGGUUGUGAAGCAGUGCACUCUGGGAGCUCAGCCUGCAAGGUAAUCCUCACCCAGACCAAUGUACUUCUCGGCAGUGUUGGUCAAGAAACUUCACAGAAUUUUUCACAUAAUAUCAUCUGUGAGGGCAGUGUUUCCAAAUCCUUAAAUCGAAAAAUCACCAAACAGAAUUCGCCCGAUGAUGCUGGAUGCAAUUACCAGCGAAACGUCGUACUCAAAUUGUAAAUGUUGUGGUUUCACGCUUCAACACACCGGUGGGCUAAAGCAGUGAACUAUUUGUCUUUUGUCAACGUGACACUAUUUUACUGAUUGGCCGUGUCGGGUGGUGGAGGGUUACGACACAUUUAUAAAUAACGCGAUCUAAACCCAAAAACGUUGAUUAUGAAUAAUAUUGGUCGCGAAAGCCUACGUGUUAAACAGAAUUCAGAAAGUCACUGCAUGUCACUAGAUAGAUAAAAAAAAUCUCAAUAUUUUCCCAAGUAUUAAACAUAGUCAAUGGAUGCACGAUCCUGAAUACUUACCUGGAAUUGCUCAUGAAUUGCAUAUUGUCCUCGUCCCAGAAAGUCACUGGAUUUGUCACGGGUCGCUAGGAUGGCCUCACAAUGAGGAGAACUUUACUCUUCCUGGCCAGCCUCACAAAUCUUUAUUCUGAGUCAAGGUCAUGACACUGCUACGGGUUAUCCAAUUACAUAUCUUUCCAUUGAAAUAUGGCGGAGCUCUGCAAUGCAGCAUAGGUAACGUAAUGAUUACCACAUUUGAAAUCAACAAAAUGUGGACAUUGAUCACAUACAAAAUAUUGUACUUUAAAGUCAUGUAAUCAGGCAAAUAAUAGUUUGGAACUACGGCCAAAAACUAUUUAAAGAGCCAAAAUAGUUCCAAAGGGAGGCAUCUGAAAUGCACUGUCCAUACUAGCAAUAAAAGGAUGGGAACUGUAGUAGGGUUUACCACAUACACGUGUGGUGAAAAUGCAAACAAAAAAACAUGCUUUCACAGUAUGUGCAUUGUCUUUGAGACUGAUUGGUCCACACCAGAGACAGCUUUAUUUACAUACUGUCAGAGCAUGUUUUUUUGUUUGCAUGUGCACCGCAAGUAUAUGUGGUUAAUGUAGACGUGAUUCCUUGCAAAGGUUUCAGUUUGGUGUUUUAACAUCUUAACACCUGUUUUAUUGCCAGAAAGGGGAAAACCAUAUCAUAAUUUAAUACUGGCAAAGGAGGUCUCAUGAUGUAACUCCAGUAACCUCAUUGGUACAUAACCACAAGGUUACUUUUAAUAUUGCCGCUUAAAAGCCAAUUCGACUGCAUAGCUCGGGCCUACAUCAUAUGCCUCGAUGGCCAAAAUACCCGAUUAACCUUACUUCGUCAAAGGUCAGCCAAUCAGUGUGGAAUCACCCGACCAACCUCCGCAUUGGUUGUCGGGUCAAGAGGAUCACGUCAAUUAAGAGAGGUUUUGGUGCCAAAUGGCCCCGUUGACAACACAUGAAUUAGAUCCAUUGUGUGCUUCAUGUCUACAAAAAUGUAAUAUACAGCAUUUGGAUAAAAUAUGUCGUGUUGAGAAACUUUAAUUGCAUACAUCUUGUUUCAAUUCCAAUCAUUACCUUUGUGUUAAACAUGUUUUAGAAUUAUGUUUUGUAUUUCCAGAGCACCAAAAAGCAUUUUUUCCACCGGUUACUGUUCAGGAAAGUAUUUUCAAAUUAAUUUACAGUAUUGUACUUUGCAUAAUUCAUGGCCAGAAUAAAACUGUAUCCGCCGCUAUUCGCUGCAAAAAUUA